AUGCUCCCCUACGACCACCACCACCCUUCCAGCCCGUCCCGUGGUGGCUACCGGUGGUUGAGAUCCAAGGCUCUGGACCACGUAAACGCACGGCGAGGCCUCCGCCGUGCAUUCCUCGAGUGCCGCAACUCACCACGCAAGGUUGUCUUUCGCGUGCUGCUUCUGGUGCUGCUGCUGCUGUGCAUCACCAUGUGGAGGCUGCACGUGCCAGCCGCGCGCGUGGCGUGCGAGGACGGGCACGGCGAGUGCGAAGCGUGGGCACGCCGUGGCGACUGCGGCCGCGACCCCGCCUACAUGCGAGAAGCAUGCCCUCUCUCCUGUGGCGGGCGGGUGCCGCUCCCGCGCGAGCGGCGCAACGACGACUACUGCGACUGCGCCGACGGGUCCGACGAGCCCGCGACGACGAUUCCGGUCUCGCGCGUGGAGGACGGCGUGUGCGACUGCUGCGACGGCUCGGACGAGCCGAGCAAGGGGAAAGCUGCCUUCUCCCUCGGGCGGGAGUGGGCUUGGGAGACCGCCGGCGCCGUGGGUGUGCUGCGCGGAGGGGACAAGUGCGGCGCCGGCCCGAAGCGGUCGGUCCGCAUCACGUUCGAGUGCGCGGAGAGCGAGAAGCUCGGGCCAGUGAGCGAGCGAUCCACUUGCGCUUACGCCACGACCCUCGCCACGCCCGCCGCGUGCUGA